AUGAACAAUUUACGUGGAAUGCAGCCCACAUUGCCACCACAGAGCACUGGGGCAGCUGAUGAUAUGGAUAGCCUUCCAGCUGUACAGUCAAUGGAUUGGUUAUUCAAAAAAGAACGCAUUUAUUUAUUGGCACAAUUUUGGCAACAGAUUCCGAUUGGAGAGAAACAUUUUGUUUUGAAAGCAUAA